AUGAAAAAAAGCCCAUCAAAGAAAAGCCCAAUUGGGCUAUAGUAAUUGCCCGAGGAUGGCACUAUCUUGCGCCAUCCUCGGGCAAUUCAAAAAUGGCCCCACACCGGGAAUUGAACUCACGUGCGGGGCCAUUUUUGGUUAGUGGAGAACAUCGACUUCCACGCACAAAAAAUGGCCCACACGUGGGUUCGAUUUCCGGGCGUGGAGCCAUUUUUUAAAUUGCCCGAGGAUGGCGCAAGAUAGCGCCAUCCUCGGGCAAUUAAAAUACACAUAGAAAUCAAGCCAAAGUCCCAAAACGAAGAUCUUGUGAAAGUCCUGUUUCCUAUCAUUACAUCAAGGGAAAGUUUGAAAACCUCAAAAAAUUAUAAGCUGGAAAAUAUCCUGAUGGGGCAGCAAUCCCAGAACAUUUUUGAUUUCGGACAUUUAUCAGAGCAUAAACGUUUUGGGAGCCUUGAGCACGAUCGGAUUCGAGAAUUAUUAAAAACAGAAAAGAAGCGUGACCAAGCUCGUUUAUCUUCAUUAAAGCCAACCCGAGACAUUUCUCACAUAAAGGACAAACAAUCUUUAAACUUAGAUUUAUUAAACGCAGUUGAGUUUCCUACAGAUCUUUUACAGUUAAAAGCUCUUUAUGAAAGUAGUGACACUCGAGGAGUGCCCAUGAUUGUAGGCUCAAACGGAAAUUUAAACCCUAUGUUUUGUAAAAAAGAAUCAUGCAUCAGCCGAGUUCUCGCAACAAACCAAAUAUCUACAAGGACUGUAAAAUUAAACCCCAGCGCCUCUGUAGGCUCUUUUACUGAAAAUUAUAAUGAAUCUCCAACACCUCAUUCAAUAGACACGUUUGAAAGGCUGCAUCUUGGAAACCCAACUGGUAGACAAGAUAUUGAGAAUUUGUGAAAGUGGUAUAAUUAUAUGAAAAAUAAAUAUAUUGAAGCAGAUUAUGAAGACUUAGAAUCGGCUGAAUUAAUAUAUGAAAUGUGCAGCCGAGAACUUGUCAGGCAGGUUUCGGUACAAUGUGUUGAAAGAGGAGAUUUAUUAAAAGAACUGUUUAUUAAAUUCCCUGAGGUAUAUAUUAAAAAAAAUGACAAGUUAAAAGAAGAAAUGAACGAGCUCAGAGACAAAUUCGAAGAAGAAAAAUCGGCAAUCAGGUCACUUCUAGAAAAAGAAAUUUCCAAUAUUAAUGCUAAAUUAAAAGAAAAAGAGAGCUUGCUUCAUAUGGAAAAAGAUAGUAAAAUCAGAGCACAAGGCAAUGCGUUGUUUUUUAAAAAAAAGCUUGAUGAAUUUAUUCACAAAUAUUUUAAAGGAAAUAAUGAUAGAAAUCGGAGUAAUUAUGAUGCACAUUUAGCUUGGCAGCUAAAAAAAAUAGCUAGGCCUCACAACCCUGACGAGCUUUCAAAAGUAUUUUGAAAAGAAGAAGAAAAUAAAGAGCAAGGAAAUAAUGAAGAUAUAAAAGAAAAUAAAUCAGACCAAAAUAAUGAAAAAACCAGCAUAAGCCAAAUGCCAACCAUUAUGGAAGAAAUCCCGAAUUUUGAAGAAUUUUUGAAUAUGAAAGACCAUGUAGAAUGUACAGACAGAGAAAUGCAAACUGAUGAAAUUGAAGAGGAAUUAAAAACUGAGCUUAGCUAUGACACAAAGGAUGUCCAAACGACACUGAUUAUUGAAGCUACUAUGGAGUCUGAUGGCACAAAAAUGAUCGAUGACAUUGAUAAGUCUGGGAUGUCUAUGUUCGAUGACAGGAAUAAUGAGGCACCUCUUAUUAAUGAAAAUCAAAAAAAUACUGAAAAUUCGGGGAAUUCAGGGAAUGUUGAUAGUGAGACUAUUUCUGCUGUAAAAAAUGAUGAGGAAGCUCUUAAUGAUAGCAGCAUUGGAAAUGAAAUACUAAAUACAUCAACGAAAUCAGAUGGAGAAAUUCCUAUUAAAGCUGUAAUUUCAAGGACUCCUUCGUUUUUACUUAUUCCUAAUGAAUCACCAAAUACAAGCAUUGAAGGUGAAUUCAAAAAAGAAAACAAAAAAAUAAGAAGAAACAGCUUCAUACCUCCACAAGCAAAUAAUGAAGCUACAAAAAAAGAGAAAAAAAAUAAAAAGGUAAUUAAAAGGAAAAGUCCUGCACCAAAACCGCCAAAAAAAUUUUCAGCGGCCGGAGUCAAGACGAUAACAGAAAUUAUUAUUUCCCCAAUUUCAAGCCCAGAAAUGGAUGAAAUCAAUAAAGAGAAAGCUGAAGAAGCAAAAGAAGAAGCUGCUAGUAAAUUAGACAUAAAAAAUCAAAAAAUGAGCCUGACUCCAACUUCGAAAAAAGAGAAAUCAGUAAAUCUUCAAAUAAAAGCUAAAUCAGAUAAUAAUGCUCAAUCAAAAAAUAAAGAAAAACAGAAAAAAGAGGAAAUUGAAAAACUGGAGAAAGAAAUCAAAGAAAAAAAGAAAAUACUGGAAAUCCUUGAUAAAGAUAUCGCACAGAAACAAAAGAUGAUAGAAAGUGUGGACUACGAGGAGCCUUUAUCAGCAGGACUCAGAGGUGGGAUAAGCCCAAUCAAUAAGAAAUCAGCUUUCUUCCAAAGCAAAAGUGGAAAAAACAAAGCUCAAUCCCCAAGAUUUUCCUUGAGAAAUGAAGAAUCCAAUUUUAUGUCAGGACAAGAUUUUGCAGAAAUUAUUCCAGAAGGUGUAGAAAUUUCUUCAUGAAAAGCCGGAUUUAAUACAGGAUAUGAAAAAGGCAGAGUUGAUGGAUUCAGUGAUGGCGAAAAACUUGGCUAUGAGCAAGGACAAACAGAUGGCUAUCUGCAAGCUAUAAAAGAACAAAGCGAAGAAAACGAAAAAGACUCAGCCUGAAGCGAAGAAAACCAGAAGGACACUAACAGUUUUUCAUUAGAUUAUAAUGAAGCUGAUGAGGCUACAAAUGAAAGGAAAAUGUCGCUGUAUAAUGCCCAUUUAAAGAAAAACCUAAAAAAAUCUGGAAAAGAGUCUACAAAAUUUAGCGAAUUUAAUUUCGCUCAUUCAGAGUUACAAAAUGCGGCUAGAAAAGUCAACCCAGCGCCUAUGCUGCUACAAAAAUUUUUAGAAAAAAAAUUAGACGCAAUCAAAAAAAAGUCCAAAAUGUCUAGAAGAAUGGUAAACCGUAUAGCAAGCUCUAUCCUUUUGGAAUGUGUAAAUAAAAUAAAAAACGAUGAAGGAUUCGAAGGGCUUCUAGAAGAAACAUAUAACGAAUUUGCAAAUAAAUAUACAUUAAGGAAUGUUGGCGAAAAGAAAUUUUUGGAAUUUGUAGCUUCAUUAAUAAAAAAUUCUGACUUCAAAAGGCCAAUAAUAUAUAUGCGAUUUAUUGGCUGUGGAAAAUUUAUAAAUUCGCAUAAUUAUAGCAAACAAAGCUUUUUAUUUUAUAUAAAUUGCUAUCAGUUUAUGCUUAAUUCGAAAAUUGGGAUUGUUGUGGGGUAUGAUGACUCAGCUGAUAAGCAGAUGUUUCCAACAGCGAGAGCAAUUGAGUGUAUAAAAGAAAGCUUUGAAGGGUUGGUAGGCAAACAUACGAUUACUAAUAUGGUGAAUGAUGUUGAAAAUAAUAGUCAAAAUGAUCCAAAGAGAAUUAAUGGAAAUGGGCUAAUUGAAUUAGAAUAUUUACUAGAGAUUAUCACUGAAAACUAUGAAAUUUACCAAAGCAGUCUAAAAGAAGGAGUUAUGGAUAUUUUAAGCAGCUUAGGAGAAGAUAAAAAUGAAACAAUAAUUGUCCAAGAAUUUUUGAUAUGGGUAAAGUACAUUUCUCCUGAUAGAAUAAAAUUUGAAGGAAACGAAAUUCAGCUGAUUGAGCCUCAUUAUAUAUCAAGAAUCAACGUAAAGCAGAAUUCUUUACCAAUAACAAACAGAGAACAAAUAUCCCGAGAAGAACUAAUACAAAAUUGCAUUGAAAAAAAUUUAUUAUCAAAAAAUGAUAUAAAAGAAUUUUUGGCUGCUAAUGAGUGCAUAAAAAACUCUAAAGAAGAAAUUGAUGCAAAAAUAGCAGAGCUAAAUGAUAUUUUACAAAAAAUGAAAUCAGAGCCUGAGAAGAAAUGGAAAAUAUCUUUUGAAUCAAUUUUUGAAGAAAAAUUGAAUUAUUUUGCUUCAGCUAUUCAAUCAGAGAAAAUUUUGGAUUUUACUUUACCAUUAAAAAUCAUCGAUUUGGAGCUUAAUAAAUACAAACAAGAUUUUAAUUUAUAA